AUGGCCUUUGUUCUCUUUGGAUACGACCAAGGAGUGUUUAGCGGAAUCGUGGGAAAUGAAGACUUCCUCAAUACAUUCGGGCAUCCCAACCCCAGUCUGGAGGGUAUUAUUGUCAGCAUAUACAAUUUAGGUUGCUUCACCGGCUGUAUACUAUCAUUCAUUUAUUGCGAAAAGACCGGUCGGCGGCUGGCGAUGUGGAUUGCCAUGGUGUUCAUCAUUGUCGGAGCGGCAUUACAAACGAGUGCCUUCACAGUACCCCACAUCAUGAUCGCACGCUUCGUCACCGGAAUCGGCACCGGAAUCGAAACUAGCACGGUACCGAUGUACCAAUCUGAGCUUUGUGAAGCAUCUAAGCGCGGGCGGCUAGUCUCGUCAGAGCCUCUGUUUGUUGGAGUAGGGAUAGAGAUCGCAUACUGGUACGACUACGGAAUGAGUUUCGUUCCUGGCUCCAUCGCAUGGCGACUCCCCAUUGCAAGCCAGAUGAUAUUCGCGUUCGUCGUCAUCGUUUUGGUCUUUGGCCUCCCCGAGUCUCCUCGGUACCUUUACGCGCACGGCAAGGAAGAAGAAGCCCUUGAAAUUCUUUGCAAGGUCUAUGACAGACCUCCAGAUGAUCCGAAGAUCGCAAAAGAGCAGGGCGAAAUCUUGGAAGCUCUCAAGAUCGAACGGGAGCAUGGGGAGUACCGCUGGUCCAAUCUUCUGAAGCGCGACGAAGUCCAAACUGGGAGACGGGUUCUUCUCGCAUACGGCAUGCAAUUCAUGAACCAGAUGGGUGGUAUCAACUUGGUUGUCUAUUAUAUCACAAGCGUUUUGCAGCUGAACGUUGGGCUGUCUCGACAACUUUCUCUGCUAUUAGGUGGAGUCAUCAACGCCAUGUUCUUUUUUGGGUCCCUUUUCCCAACAUUCUUUCUGGAUAAAUACGGUCGUCGUAAGCCCAUGAUGUGGGGAUCAUUCGGACUCGGUAUAUCGAUGAUGAUGAUUUCGAUCCUUCUCAGCUUCCAGGAUAGGGGUGGUCAGAUAGCCAAGUCGACAUCCUCUGCCAGCGUAACCUUCUUCUUCACUUAUAUGCUCAUAUUCGGCGCCACCGCCAACUGCAUUCCGUGGGUAUAUGUACCUGAGGUCCUACCAUUGCACGUCCGAGCAAAAGGAACCGCAGUUGGAAUAUCCUCUAACUGGCUAUGGAACUUCUUUGUUGUCAUGGUCACACCAACUUUGCUGAAUAAUCUGGCAUGGAAGGGAUACCUCAUAUUCAUGGCUCUCAACUUUUCAUUUGUCCCGCUUGUGUACUUCUGUUAUCCUGAAACCAGUAACCUUACUCUUGAAGAGAUUGACUGGUUGUUCUUGGAAAAGGAUGCUGUGAAGACAAGCAAGAGGGUUCAGAAGCAUGGAUGGGGAGGCGAGACCCCGUGGCAGAGAAGAGAGAGCAGGAUGCAAAUACAGGAGAAGACUACGGAGCCCGGGGCUGGAGAAGUCGAGCAUUCGUCGUGA